AUGUCGGAUUGGGCUCACAGUUCAGCCGUGUCACAACCGGCUACAUCCACAUUGAAAAGUCGAAAAGUUCCUGUCAAUGCUGGUGAAUCCGAGGAGUUGUCGCAAAUCAUCCAGCAAACCUCGUCACUCUCGCUCGAUGAACCUUCUAAACAUCCAAACUACGUGUACUACUUGAAAUACUUUGUUAAUCCAUUGAUAUUGACGCUCGUGGCUGGAUUUGUUCGCUUAUAUGGAAUUGGUGAUAGCAAGCGUGUUGUAUGGGACGAGGCCCACUUCGGAAAAUUUGGUUCAUACUACCUUCAACAUGAAUUCUACUUCGAUGUUCACCCACCCUUGGGAAAGUUGUUGGUGGGUCUUUCGGGCUACUUGGCCAAAUUCGAUGGCUCGUUCAAGUUUGAAAGUGGAAAGUCAUUCCCUCCCGAACACAACAUUGUGUUCAUGAGAAUCUUCAAUUGUGUGUUUGGAAUCCUUUGCACGCCUCUAGCAUACUUCACGGCGAUGGAAUUGGGCUUCUCGCAGCUCACCACGUGGUUUGUUUCGUUGCUGGUGGCGUUUGAGAUGUUGUCGUUGACUUUGUCAAAGUUUAUUCUCUUGGACUCCAUGCUUCUUCUCUUCACCGUGUCUACCUUUUUUGGCCUUAUCAAGAUCCACACCCUCAGACAGAACGACAAAUUGCUUUCCAAAAGAGGCGUGGCAUGGUUGGCCUAUACUGGUGUAUCAAUUGGAUGUGUGUGCUCAGUGAAAUGGGUGGGUCUCUUCGUAACUCUUUUGGUUGGAAUGUACACUAUUUACGAUUUGGGGGUUCGUUUCUUCCAAACAUCGGUGCCUCCUUCCCAAAAACAAUACCACCUCUCGUGGCCCAAGUACUUGCUUCAUUGGCUUGCAAGAAUCGUGUGCCUCAUUUUGAUCCCAUUCCUGAUCUAUGUAGCCGCAUUCAAGGUACACUUCGCAGUGUUGAGCAAAUCUGGACCAGGCGAUGGGUCUAUUUCCACCCUUCUCCAGGCAUCUUUGGAAGGAAAUAAGGUUUACAAUGGCCCAAGAUCUGUAGCAUUUGGCUCGUUGGUUUCUUUGAGAUCUCAGGGCUUGUCUCCAAACUUGCUUCAUUCGCAUCGGCUGAAAUACCCAGAAGGCUCUGGCCAGCAGCAGAUUACCACGUACGGCUUCAAGGACAACAACAACGAAUUUCUUAUUGAGUUUGGAUUGGAUGCCAUGGAGAAUGAGAAUAGAUAUGCUACCCUUGAUUAUGACGAAGAUCAUCCGGAAUAUGUUCUUGACUACAAAACAUUGGUGAGAGACGGCGACACCAUCAGAUUGUCCCACAAGCAAACUGGGUGUUUCCUCCACUCGCACCCAAUUGCUGCACACGUUCUGAAGGGUCAAUAUGAGGCUACCUGUUACGGAGGAAUUGACAUUCACGACAAAAAGGACGAUUGGGUUGUAGAGAUACAAAGUCAGUACAAAUCUCCAUCUCGCAAGUUCCAAGACGAAGACCCAGAAGUGAUUCAUCCGAUCUCGACCAACUUCCGUUUGAGACAUAAAGUUCUCGGCUGCUACUUGGCCACCACUGGCUAUUCAUACCCAGCAUGGGGAUUCCAACAGGGAGAAGUCGUGUGCAAGCGCUCAUUCCUCAAAAACGAUAAAAGCACUUGGUGGAACGUGGAAGACCACGUCAACGACGAGUUGCCAAAGCCGAACAUCACAUAUGUUGCACCCAAACCCAAGUUCUGGAAGGAAUUUGUGUUGCUAAACUAUGGUAUGAUGGCCUCCAACAACGCCUUGAUUCCAGACCCAGACCAUUUCGACAAAUUGGCAUCGAAAUGGUGGGAAUGGCCAAUUUUGAAGUCGGGCUUACGGAUGGGUUCGUGGAGCAACAGAGAUUAUCGUUACUUCCUCAUUGGACAUCCGUUCGUGACACUCUUUUCGACCAUCAGUCUUCCUCUUGCUACAUUGACUAUAGUAUGGGUCCUCUUACAGUGGCAGCGCCAGAAGGUAGACUUAAGCGUCUACGGAGAUAAUUGGGGCUUCCUUUUGUCUGCGGGUGUGCUUCCGUUGGCUGGGUGGUUCUUACAUUACCUUCCCUUUGUAAUGAUGGGCCGUGUCACAUACUUACACCAUUAUGCGCCAGCCAUUUACUUUGCCAUAUUUGUAUCUGGAUAUUUGAUGGAGUAUUAUAUUGCCCGGCGAACACCUUUUUAUAUCAAGUAUCCAGUAUUUGCAUUGGCAUUUGUGGGGGUUGUUGGAGGAUUCUGGUACUACCAUCCUUUGGCCAUGGGAAUGAAUGGACCACAGAGUACGUACAAGUAUCUUAAGUUCCGUCGUGACUGGACGAUUUAG